CGGCCGGCCGGCCCCUUCUCAGGAAUCCUCUCUCUCAGCUGCCGCCGCCGCCGGUCUGUCCCCGCUGCAGCCAGCUCCGUCUCCGGCAGGAUGUUCAGCUGGGUCAGCAAGGAUGCCCGCCGCAAAAAGGAGCCGGAGCUCUUCCAGACGGUGGCCGAAGGGCUGCGGCAGCUUUACGCGCAGAAGCUGCUGCCCCUGGAGGAGCACUACCGCUUCCACGAGUUCCACUCGCCCGCGCUGGAGGACGCGGACUUCGGCAACAAGCCCAUGGUGCUCCUCGUAGGCCAGUACAGCACGGGCAAGACCACCUUCAUCCGGCACUUGAUCGAGCAGGACUUCCCGGGGAUGCGCAUCGGGCCUGAGCCUACCACCGACUCCUUCAUCGCCGUCAUGCACGGCCCCACCGAGGGCGUGGUGCCCGGCAACGCGUUGGUCGUGGACCCGAGGCGCCCCUUCCGCAAACUCAACGCCUUCGGCAACGCCUUCCUCAACAGGUUCAUGUGUGCCCAGCUGCCCAACCCAGUCCUAGACAGUAUCAGCAUCAUCGACACCCCUGGGAUCCUGUCUGGAGAGAAGCAGCGCAUCAGCAGAGGUUAUGACUUUGCAGCGGUCCUCGAGUGGUUUGCUGAACGCGUGGACCGCAUCAUUCUGCUCUUUGAUGCCCACAAGCUGGACAUCUCCGACGAGUUCUCAGAGGUCAUCAAGGCCCUCAAGAACCAUGAGGACAAGAUCCGAGUGGUGCUGAAUAAGGCUGACCAAAUCGAGACUCAGCAGCUGAUGCGUGUGUAUGGGGCUCUCAUGUGGUCCCUGGGGAAGAUCAUCAACACCCCUGAGGUGGUCCGGGUCUACAUUGGCUCCUUCUGGUCACACCCACUGCUCAUCCCUGACAACCGAAAGCUCUUUGAGGCAGAGGAGCAGGACCUCUUCAAAGACAUCCAAUCACUGCCCAGAAAUGCCGCCCUUAGGAAGCUCAACGACCUGAUCAAGCGGGCCAGGCUGGCCAAGGUCCAUGCCUACAUCAUCAGCUCCCUCAAGAAGGAGAUGCCCAACGUCUUUGGAAAAGAGAGCAAAAAGAAAGAGCUGGUGAACAACCUGGGUGAAAUCUAUCAGAAGAUUGAGCGGGAGCAUCAGAUCUCCCCGGGUGACUUCCCAAGCCUGCGCAAGAUGCAGGAAAUCCUGCAGACCCAGGACUUCAGUAAGUUCCAGGCCUUGAAGCCCAAACUGCUGGACACGGUGGAUGACAUGCUGGCCAAUGACAUCGCCCGGCUGAUGGUGAUGGUGCGCCAAGAGGAAUCCCUCAUGCCCUCACAGGCCGUGAAGGGUGGUGCUUUUGAUGGCACCAUGAAUGGUCCCUUUGGGCAUGGCUAUGGCGAGGGGGCUGGCGAGGGCAUUGAUGACGUCGAGUGGGUGGUGGGCAAGGACAAGCCCACCUAUGAUGAGAUUUUCUACACACUGUCCCCUGUCAAUGGCAAGAUCACGGGUGCCAAUGCUAAGAAGGAGAUGGUGAAGUCCAAGCUGCCCAACACAGUGCUGGGGAAGAUUUGGAAGCUGGCGGAUGUGGACAAGGAUGGCCUGCUGGAUGAUGAGGAGUUUGCCCUGGCCAAUCACCUCAUCAAGGUCAAGCUGGAGGGCCAUGAACUGCCUGCUGACCUUCCACCACACCUUAUCCCACCCUCCAAGAGGAGGCACGAGUGACAACCAUGCCCAACCCCUAGGGCCAUCUACAUGGCACGCCUGCCCAGAUGGGCUGGGAGGCAGGGAUUGGAGGAGGGAAAGGGGCGCCAUUUCUCAAGGUCCAUAAAGACUGAGCGGUGUUUCCUCAGCUCUCAAAUAGGAAAACCACCAUCUUUUCUUUUAAGGCUGUUCUGGGGUCCAGCAGGGAGGCAGGGUGACACUUGGAUAUGAAUGGUGGAAUUUUGUGCACAAGAACCAUGGAUAUUUUUAAUAUAUAAGAUUAGAGGCAGCCUUCUUUCUUGCCGCCGCCUCUGUCUGACAGCCCUGUGUCCACACAGUCUCUCCUGUCCCUGCCCGUGUUCUUUCCCUGCCCUGGCCGGCACUUGGCGCUCUCCCCUCUGGCACCUGUGGCGGGGCUGAGUAGACGGGAGCCCGAACUCUCUCAGCUUGUCUCCACACCGAGGUUUGUUUGCCUCAUGCCCAACGGCUUCUUUCCCACCAGCUUUGCCCUUCUGUGCCUGGGUGAGUCAGGCAUUGCCUCUGCUGAGGUCUGGGCUUCCAGUGGACCUACUUGGCCCUUUCCUUCUAUGCCCCCACUUCUGACACUCCACCCAGCACAGCAGUCACAGGUUUAAGACUCAGCCACUCUUGUCCUUUGUAGGGGUCUGGAGGAGUGAGAGAAUGUCUUCCAAAAAACCCACAUAAGCUAGGUCUUAUUCUGUAAAGUGACUCUUUUCAUACUUGACUGAGUUCUAGUUAACUUUCAUAGCAUUUGUUCAAAGCUGUGAUUAUUAUUUUUUUGUCUCUUUCCCCACACUCCACUUUGGGGCAGCUCCUCCCUGGAGCUACUCAAUGUGGCUCUCAAGGAAUAACACCUUUCAGAGUCUUGGGUCUUUCUAGCCAUGGGGAAGUCAUCCCAACUCUUCCCAAAGGGCUCUGAACUGAACCCUCAUUUCAGCCUUCAUAGCAGCUUCCUGGCAACCUGCCCCAACUCAGGGCAGGGGUUGGGCCCAUGACAUGGGGUGGUUUGGUGCUGGUAAGGGGAAGCCUGUGCCCUGGCCUGGCAGCCGGGAUGGGGCAAACCCAACCUCUUUCCUCUUCACUUCCCUUUUUCUUCCUUCCCUCUCACCCUGCUGAGCAAAGGGUGCCAGUGCAGAACCUGUUGUCCUGAGAUCACCCCUCAGCCCCCAGACUGAGCAAUAAAGAGCCAGAGCCAGUGAGCAGCCACUCCCUCAGCCUCAAGGCUGACCAGCUGUCUGCUGUCACCACAGGCUUCACGCUGAGGCAGGUGGAGUGGCUGCAACCUCACCUGGGCUCUCCAGGUAGGCUUUAGGGAGUUGUGCGCUCUCCCCCCGUGCUGCUCUGGGCCUUGCUAGGGCCGAGCUCUGGCCUGGCCUGCUACCUCCCUGCCUUGUUCCUCCCUCCCUGCAACUAGCUAAGGGUGGGCGAGACAUGGCCUCAUAGGUUCACUGUUAAAAGUACAGCGCUUGUCCACUCACUGGUAGAGGAAAGUGACAGACUAAUGACUGUUCCUCACAUUAAAAAAAAGUUUUAAUUGCUGAA